CAGUCGAAAUUGUUGGAGGGUACAAAUCAAUGCAUACACCCGAGUAGUUGCUGUCCUGCUAGAUACCCGUUAUCAGAGUCGUCGAUCCCAUCAGUCACUCCUUCGACAUAUAGGACGGCUCCCCUCUCUUCAACAACCUCGAUCUACCCUGACUGUUGAAAGCUUCGCGUUGCCGCCGAUGUCAACAGCACAAUACUUGCCUCAGGACCUCUCCGAGAAGGACCACGUCUCAGACUCGGAUCAGACUGUUACCGACAUCGCCGACCCUUCUUCCACAGCUGUACCACCUUCAUCGACCACAGCCUACCCGGCACUACACGACCAGCAUCACUAUGCCAUUCCUCACGACGCUGCAUACCACGCCGCACACCCAGAUGUGGAGAAAGGAGAUCCAAGAGAAAUAUAUAUUGAAUGGGAGGAAAACGACCCGGAAGAUCCAUUCAAUUGGAGCAGGACGAGAAAGUGGGUCGUAACGGUUGUUGCCAACCUCAUGACUUUUAUGGUGGCAUUCAAUGCAGGAGCAUAUACUCCAGGACAAGCUGGUAUGGAGGAGACAUUCGGAGUAUCUCGAGUGGCCAUCAUCUGUGGGUUGACGGUCUACGCCCUUGGAUUUGGUGUGGCACCCCUCGUUCUGGCACCCCUUUCUGAGGUGUACGGACGCAACCCAGUUUACAUUGUCAGUUUCUUGAUUUACACGGUUUUCUUCAUCGAAUGUGCAUUGUCACAGAACCUCGCUACCAUGCUCGUCGGUCGUUUCAUUCAGGGUUGUGCUGGUUCGACUGGAUCUACGAUGGUGGGUGGGACAUUGGCCGAUAUUUGGCAUUCGGACGAGCGCGGGACGCCCAUGUCCAUGUUUGCUACUGUUGCGAUGGUGUCGACUUCGCUUGGGCCAUUAGUGGCUGGAUACAUCAACGAUGGCUUGGGCUGGAGAUGGAUUCAUUGGAUUCAGAUGAUUGUCUGUGGUGUAUGCUGUAUCGUCUUCGUCCUUGUCUUGAGGGAAUCUCGUGGUUCUGUAUUGCUUAGCAAGAGGGCGAAGAAGAUGAGGAAGGAGACUGGUGAUCAGCGUAUCCGUGCGCCGGCAGAUGAUGAACGUGCAAGUUUGGCUGUGUUGGUCAAGGUAUCGCUGACCAGACCUUUGUGGUUGUUGAUCAGUGAACCUGUCGUCUUUUCCUUUUCCCUCUGGUUGGCCUUCGUUUGGGGAAUUCUUUACCUCUUCUUGGAGUCCAUCCCGCUUACGUUUCAGACUGUUCACGGAUUCUCGACCUCAUCUGUCAGUCUCGUGUUUUUGGCCAUGACUAUCGGAGUCCUUAUUGGUGCUGUACUCGACUUUACCGUCCAGCAACCACUCUACCUCAAAUCCGCUCAACGCAGUGAGACUGGCCAACCGAUCCCAGAAUCUCGUUUGUACUCCAGCUGUGUGGGAAGUUUAAUCCUUACCGGUGGUAUGUUCAUGUACGGAUGGUCAAGUCGGGAAGGCGUUCACUGGAUUGUGCCAACGAUCGCCGUCGCCAUGGUAGGGUUCGGUCUCUACACCAUUUACCUUUGUGUCUUCAACUACCUUUCCGAUAUCUAUGGACGCUAUGCGAGUUCAGCCCUGGCCGCCCAGAGUUUCUUGCGAAACAUGUUCGGUGCUGGGUUUCCCUUGUUCACCGUGCAGAUGUUCAACAAGCUUGGCUUUGCUUGGGCUUCAUCUCUUUUGGGGUUCAUUGCUCUUGCACUUUCAGCUGUGCCGUUUGUCUUGAUGAAGUGGGGUCCGGAGAUCAGGCGGAGGUCAAAGUUUGCUUCAAAUUUAGAAUAAGGGAAAGUGAGAUAUCAGGAUAUUUUCGAACUUCGGGACCACUUUUUAUCACGUUAAUUGCAUUGGACGAAGCAUAGCAUAGGACAGACGAAACCAGAUACCUACGAAUUGCAAGGUG